AUGACCUCAAACUACAAAGUCGCUGAUAUCAGUUUGGCCUCCUUCGGCCGUCGUGAGAUUACUCUCGCAGAGAAGGAAAUGCCUGGUCUUAUGGAAAUUCGCGCCAAGUACGGUCCAAACCAACCAUUGAAGGGUGCCCGUAUUGCUGGAUGUCUCCACAUGACCAUUCAAACCGCUGUACUCAUCGAGACACUUGUUCAACUCGGUGCUCAAGUCACCUGGUCUAGCUGCAACAUCUUCUCUACCCAAGAUCACGCUGCUGCUGCUAUUGCCGCUGCUGGUGUCCCUGUGUACGCAUGGAAGGGUGAAACAGACGAGGAAUACCUCUGGUGUAUCGAGCAGACCUUGUCCGCUUUCCCAGAUGGCAAGCCACUCAAUAUGAUCCUCGACGACGGUGGUGAUCUUACAUCAAUCGUUCACGAGAAGUACCCACAAUACCUUGGCGAGAUCCAAGGUGUUUCCGAGGAGACUACCACCGGUGUCCACCACCUCUACCGCGCUCACCAAGAGGGCAAGCUCAAGAUCCCAGCCAUCAACGUCAACGACUCGGUUACCAAGUCUAAGUUCGACAACUACUACGGAUGUCGUGAGUCUCUCGUCGACGGUAUCAAGAGAGCUACCGACGUUAUGCUUGCUGGUAAGACAGCCGUUGUUGCUGGAUUCGGUGAUGUUGGUAAGGGAUGUGCUGAGGCAUUGCGUGCAUACGGAUCGAUCGUUCAAGUUACUGAAAUCGACCCUAUCAACGCUCUCCAAGCUGCCAUGUCAGGUUAUAAGGUAGUUACCAUGGACGAGGCUGCCCCAUUCGCCAACAUCAUUGUCACUACCACUGGUAACCGUGAUAUUGUAAGAGUUGAGCACUUUGAGCAACUCCCAGAUGACGCUAUUGUCUGCAACAUUGGUCACUUUGACAUUGAGAUAGACGUUGCUGGUUUGAAGAAGGUCGCCAAGGAAUGCGUCAACAUCAAGCCACAAGUCGAUCGUUACACAUUGGCCAACGGACGUCACGUUAUCUUGCUCGCUGAGGGACGUCUUGUGAACCUUGGAUGUGCAACUGGACAUCCAUCAUUUGUCAUGUCCUGCUCAUUUGCCAACCAGGUUCUUGCUCAAAUCGCUCUCUGGACUGACAACGCAUCGUUCCCAUUGGGUGUGCACAUGCUUCCAAAGAAGUUGGACGAAGAAGUUGCAUUCUCACACCUUGAAAUGCUUAAUGUGCACCUCACCAAGCUUACCGAUGUUCAAUCAACUUAUUCAUCUAUUCCUAAGCAAGGUCCAUUCAAGCCAAAUCACUACCGUUACUAA